AUGCCAAGCCACAGCCUCCCUACAUGCCGCGGAAGUUUGACGUGCGGUAAGGGGGCUGCUGUUGCUGCUGCUGCUGCCGCUGCUGCUGCUGCUGCUGCGCCCCUGACUCUGGUGGUCGUACAUGGCAUGCUGGUUGACAGAGCAUCCUUGAGGCCCUUUUGCCAGCUUCUAUCAAAGGCACUCGCCGGGUCCUCCAUUCCAGCAUCCGUGUAUCUCGUUGACUUGCCAGCUCACGGAGACUCCCCCUCCUGCACGCCCCUGUCGGUAGUGUCCAUGGGAGAGCAGCUGUUGUCAUUCUUGGCGUCUCUGAACCUUUCCCGCUGUUUCCUCCUUGGCCACAGCCUGGGAGGGCAGGUCUGCAUGGCUGCAGCCCUUGCAGACAUGGGAAACAUUAUCGGAGGACUCUGUGUGAUAGACAUCUCCCCAGUAAAUUACUUUCUGGAUUCGCUGCCUCUGCCCAACGUCGCGGGAGAGCGAAACAUCGUCGAGCUCUUCGCCUUGUUGGCCACGCUGGACGUGGACGCCUUGAAGACCAAACAGCAAGCAGUGGAGGCACUCCAGCAAAAGGACGCUCAAAUUACGCAAAGCGAGGCAGAUUACUGCCUCAACCUCUUGCAGGAGCAACAUUCUGGGAAAGGGGGACCCUUGGCUUGGCGCAUGGACUUGAGGGGCCUCGCCGACGCACUCCAGAGCAAAGUCCUAUGCUGGAACAUCCCCAGGGGAUCUUCGGGCAAGGGGGGAGUUUUUGUAGGCCCCAUGCUGCUGGUGCGAGGGGAGCGAUCCCCAUGGGUGAGUGUUGAGCGGCACGAAAAAAGGAUCUUAGAGCUGUUCCCGAAGGGCAGAAUCCACACGCUGGCAGGGGUGGGCCAUGUGCCUCAGAUAGACGACCCUGAGGGCCUUCUCAAGGUCGUACUGCAAGCAGUGAGCCAGUGGGCAAAGCUUUCCUAG